UUAGCUAGUUAAGAAAUGGUCAGCUGCAGAACCUUGUCAACUAGUGUAUGUUUACAUCUCAUGGUAUUGACAAAAUAAUCAUAUAGUAUUUUGCAUGUCCCAUAUAUAUUAAAUGCAGUAGCUAUUUUGUUUUUCUAUUGCUAGCUACUAAAAUGAUCUUUUUAUAAUGCCCCAAAUCCUAAAUCUAACAAGUCAAUAUUGUUUUAAAAGUUGGACGACUGUCUCAGGACGAUGGUUAACUUUAAAUUUGCUUAAUUUUUAAGUGUUUCUGAUGGUGCUGACAAACAGCUGACACUGUCAAACUUUAUAAAGAUUCAUUGUAUGUAGUAGGAUUGUUUCUUUAAUAGAAACAUGUUUAUGUCUGUUUUUCCUUGGCUAUGUACAGUGUUGGGGAGAAACUAAUUACAUGUAACAGCAUUACAUAAUUUAGUUACAAACUAAUGUAAUUAUGUAACUGUAACCCAUUCACUGAUUUCUUUUCCAAAUUGCAUUGACUGCUCUAAAACCAGUGUUUCACAAAAUAGGACAUACUUAUUCGAUAACUGUUUUAUUUCCUGUUUGGGUUUAUGUUCUUUAUGUUCUUUAUGUUUUUCCCCCAAAGAAAUGUUAGAUUUCAAGUUUCAUAUCUAUUUCAGGAUCAUAUCUAUUAAACUAUUUUUAUAAAUAGUUUUUUUUUUUUUAAAGAUCCGGUAUGAUACUGAGCAAAGUACACAAGGAAGAACAAUAAAACUGCAAUCACUUUCACACUCUUGGUUUUCACUUGCCAUUUCACAACAUGCACGCAUCUACACACUGAAAACCAGGAAGUGUGUGGAUUCAAGAGAAACAAUUUCAUUUCCCUGCUACACGAGCCCCUGCUUAAGGAUCCACACUGUUCUUGUUCACUUAAAGGGAAAAUCUGACACUUUAAUCUGUAAAAACAGAGCAGUCAUCUGAAAGUUCGCUUCUGCAAAAAAAUGGCUGAAUCUGCAGCGAGUCAGUAUGAGGAUCAGUUCAGUUGUUCAGUCUGUUUGGAUAAGCUGAAGGAGCCGGUGACGAUUCCCUGUGGACACAGUUACUGUAUGAGCUGUAUUACUGACUGCUGGGAGCAGAAGGAGCAGGAGCCGCCGUACCACUGUCCCCAAUGCAGAGAGAUUUUCAGUCAGAGACCUCUACUGAAGAAGAACACUCUGAUAGCUGAGAUGAUGGAGACGCUGCAGAAGACGUCCCUACAAACGGCUGCUGUGGAGUGUGAUGUUUGCACUACAGAGAAGAACAGAGCUGUAAAGUCCUGUCUGCAGUGCUUGGCCUCCUUCUGUCAAACUCACCUGCAGCCUCACUAUCAAUCUCCUGCGUUUAUGAAGCACAAACUAGUCGAAGCCUCCAAAAACAUUGAGGAGAACAUCUGCCUCAAUCAUAAAAGAACUCUGGAUAUUUUCUGCCAGGAUGACCAACUAUGUGUUUGUUACUUGUGUAUGGUUGACAGCCAUAAAAACCACAAUGUGGCAUCUGUGGAUUCAGAAAUGAUUAACAAAAAGAAAGAGUUAAAGGAAAUAAAAGAGGCGUGUCAGAAGCUGAUUGAGGAGCGAGAGAGAGGUCAGCAAGAUCUCAGUGAAGCUGUGAAGCUCCUUAAAAGUUCCGCUCAAGAGGGCGUGGAGAUCAUUGAGAAGGUCUUCACUGAGCUCAUCUGCUCUCUGGAGAAGAAACGCUCUGAGAUUAAAGAGCAGAUCAGAGCUCAGGAGAAGACUGAGAUAGAUCGAGCAGAGAAACUUAACAAACGUCUAGAUCAAGAACUGACAGAACUCAGAAAAAGACAAACAGUGAUUGACAAACUUCUGAUUACUAAUGAUCAGGUCAAGUUUCUGAAGAGCUGUCAGUCUGUGUGUGUUUUACCAGCAUUUGAAGAGGUUCCCAGCUUCACUCAACACACUCAUCUGUCUUUUAAAGACAUUUCAAUCUCAGCAUUCAGAAAGGUUUUGGAGAACAUCUGUCAACAGCAAACAGCCAGAAUUUCUCGAGAAGUGUCAUGUAUUUAUAUGGCACUAGACACAAAGACACCAGAUCCAAAGACUCCAGAUGAUUUUUUACAGUAUUUCUAUCAGAUUCACCUGGAUCCAAACACUGCAAACAAAACCCUCAAACUGUCAGAAGACAACAUGAAAAUAUCACGUUCAGAUAGAGUUCAGCAAUAUCCUGAUCACCCAGAGCGAUUUGAUUUGCUUCCCUACAUUAUGUGUCGAGAAGGUUUGUUUGGUCGCUGUUACUGGGAGGUUGAGUGCAGUGGGAACGACUGGGGUGUAGCAGUUUGUUACAAAGGAAUUGGUCGUAAAGGAAACACUGAUGACUGUAGGCUUGGCUCCAACAAAAUAUCCUGGAGACUGAACAACAACUAUUUCACUCAUGACAAGAAAAACGUCUCAAUCUCUGUGUGCUCUUCUAGAAUAGCAGUGUAUCUGGAUCACAGAGCAGGAACUCUGUCCUUCUACAGGAUCUCUGACCCAAUGACUCUACUACACAGAGUCCAGACCACAUUCACUCAACCGCUCUACCCUGCAUUUUAUACUAACAGCACUUCAUCUGUCAGGAUCAUAGAGCAUAGCAGAGGAGAGCCUAAGUAGACUCUUGAUUAAGAUUUACAUUCAGUUUUUGAAUUCAUUCUUAAAAUGAGUAUACAUGUAAAAAAAAUAAUUAAAAUCAAAAUGCAAGUUGUAGUUUGUAUAAAAGUUCUCAUUAGGUGGCAACAGUAAACAGGCCUAAACAACACUCACUUAAAACUCUUAAAAUAAACACAAGUAAAAAUUCUUCAGCUUAUCAUCAUAUUUUCUGAAAUCAGUUGUUGCAGUAAUGUUUGUGUGUGUGUUGGCAUCUGAAAAUGUGCUUCUUCAGGUUUAUUUACUGCAACUCAUAAUAAUCCACGUCGAAAUCCACGAUGUAGUUCAUUAUCAGACCACAAGGUGUCAGAAUUAGAGAAGAAAAUGGUCAGCUGCAGAACCUUGUCAAUGUAUGUUUACAUUUCACAAUGUUGAAAAUGAUUGUUUUGCACAUCAUAGAUGAAUUAAAUGCAGUCGCUAUUAUGUUUUUCUAGUGUUGCUAGCUGCUAAAAAGACUGUCUUAUAAUGCGCCAAAUGUAAAACCUAAUAAGUCAAUAUAUUGAUAUAGUCAACAUCUUUUUUAAAAGUUGAAUGAUGUGACUCAGGAUCACGCUUGACUUUGAAUUCGCUUGUUUUAAACGUGUUUCAUUACUGCAAAACAUCUGAUGGUGUUGAAAAACAGUUGACAUAGAUAUGGAACUUCAUAAAACAAACCUCAUCCUGACAGUAUGUUGAAGGAUUGUUUCUUUAUGUCUUUUUGUUUUUCCUUGGCUAAAUAUAUAAUUACAAAUGUAAUGACUUUGGUCAAA